GAGGGAACCCUUUCCCCACCUCUUCACCUGGCUGGCUCCUACUCGCCUUGCAGCCUUCGCUUAACCCUCACUUCUUUUGGAAGUUUAAACAACCUCUUCCACUCCUUGAGUGUUCUUCCAGACUUUGUUAGAGGCUUUCGGACCAUCCUCCAUUGUUCCCGGCCUUGCUUGUAUGAUAGUUUGCUUGGUUACACUCUCUUCCAAGGUACAUGCUCUCUGAGGGCGGCACCAAGGAGGGCAGUCCCACACAGGGCGCACAGGGAAACUUACAACUCCUUGUUGAAUGAACUUACAAACCUAUGGGUUUCAUAACAGAACGUGAGUAGUUUUGAUCUAAGGGCACCAUCUUAAAAGUAUCUGUUCAUCACUCAUUCAACACGUGUUUAUUAAGCACUGACUUGGUAAGUAUUGAGCCAAAGGAGUUAAAAUAAGGAGAAAUCACCUGAACGUUAUGAGGAUGCUAUGGUUGUAGUGGGUAAGAUCAUAAGGACCCGAAUAACAACUCCUCCCGUCCCCCCCCCCCCCCAGGAAAAUGGACUUGGAGGCCAGUGAACCAAUAGACCUUGGUGCUGGAGAUCAUCAACAUCUGAUCCGGAAAGCAGCUGAUGGGACCAUCCAGACCAAAUCUGGUCAGCCCCACAAAACUUCACCUUCCCCCGGGCCAAAACAAACCCAAGGGAAGCCACAUCCCAAGACUGGUCAGCGAGCAGAUUCCUACGUGGUGCAGAUUUCAGACGACAUCACUCCUGAAGAGAGCAGUGCUGUUCCCGGCCCAUUCUCAGAAACGUCCAUCCGCAGAGCUUUCAUUGUGAAAGUGUUCCUCCUCCUGUCAGCUCAGCUGAUAGUCACCGGGGCAAUCAUCAGCGUGUUCAUUUUCUGGAAAGGUUUAAAAGAGUGGGUGCUCAAGAAUCCCUGGUUCAUCUAUGCAAUCUGGCCAGUAUUUUUCGUUGUGCUUUUUGUACUUGCUUGCUGUGGGAAACUCCGCCGUCAGGUGCCUGCAAAUUACAUUCUCCUGGGAAUAUUUACGGUUCUUCAAGGUCUGCUGCUAGGAGCCGUAUCAGCUUUCUAUGAAGCCGAGGAGGUGUUAUGGGCCAUAGCAGCAACCUGUCUGGUGACGUUAUCGCUCACUUUAUUUGCUCUUCAGACAAAAUGGGACUUCACCCUGCUGAACGGAGUGCUGUUCGUCUUACUCUUGGUGCUCAUUAUCUACGGAAUUCUCCUACUCUUCAUACAGUCAUACUGGUUGCACCUACUGUAUGCUGGACUCGGAACGGUGCUCUUCUCGCUUUACCUGGUGAUGGAUGUGCAGCUGAUGGUGGGCGGGCAUCAUCACUAUAGCCUGGACCCCGAAGAGUACGUGUUUGCUGCUCUGAACAUCUACUUGGAUAUAAUCAACCUUUUCCUCUUUAUUUUGCAACUGAUUGGACUGAGACAGUAGUCUCGCGGCCAAGGCUGGUUCGUGUUGACAGGAGGGGAGGAGGGGCAUCUGCCACAUGUUGCCAGGCUCAGACAUGCAGAGGUGGCCACUUCAUAAGCGCAUUUAUCCUAAAAAAAAUUUCAAGUACUUAUUUUUUUUCGAAUGAAAGCAAGCAUUCAGUAGAUGGCAGCUGUAGCUGUUACAUUUUAAGUUCUGUUGUCAUGUUGCAAAACUUCCUGGGGACAUUUCUGAUGUUUAUAAAUUUAAAAGAUGAGUAUCACAAUGACAUACAAACAUUCGUAAGAUGCCUGGUACUUGGUUGAAGUUUCCCAGGAAGUAUUUAAACCUGUAAGCACCAUCUAUUUGAAUAAAAUUAAAUACAGAAACCUGUAUUUACUCAUUCUCUUCUCCUGACUUGGACAUUCUGUGGGAAUAUCCUGGCCCAGUCUGACUUGAUAAACCAACGUGUCCAGCCUUUCUCCCCGAUGCUAGAGUCAGACA